AUGAUUACAAUUUUAAAGAAUACACUAAUAAUUUAUUUAGGUCUUCUUGGCCUAAGUAUGAUUAGCGUUUUGUUUGUUUGUUUAGAUUCUGAAUACGAAAGUCAUUGUCCAUUGAUUGCAGUAAAAAUUUUGAGAAGCUUGACCGUAAUACCAAUUGUGAAUGAAGUGAAGAUUAUUAUAAUCCCAAUAAUCAGAGAAUUACCUCCAAAAUUAGUUCGACCAUUAAUAUUGAGUUCAUUGAUGAUGGCUGUUGCUUUCAUCAUCUCUAUGAUUUAUAGUACUCUGUAAUUUAUUGUUUUAAUUUUAUAGUAAGAUUACUUAUAGUUUAAUAAUGAACUUAUUUUACAUCAUAUUGGUAGUUCUUAUAAUAUCGGUAUGCCUAGGUAUUUCAAUGAAUUCCAUACCUGUACAACAAAAUUUUUAACAGUACUUUGAAUACAUCAAAUAAUUAUACUAAUGA